AGACAACCACGAACUUCACAUUCGAAGUUUUGUCUUCUUACUACGUGAACAUUUCAAAUCUCUUGAUACCAUCAGAGGAGUAUCUCCAGUCGAAACCAACCGCAAUCAUGGCAGAUGUCGACGUUCCUCAGGAACGAAAAGCUCGCAAAUCAGUAGCAUUCAGCGAAGGCACGACGAUCGUAGACGAGAACGGGGCAGUCACGAUGAAAGCGGACGGCCACGACGAUAACUCGACGACGGCAAUGUCACACUCACCAAGUACGCCGCCACUAUCACAGGCUUUGGGGGACUUUACUGACCCUCCCAUUCAAGCUCUCGAUGAUGAGCCUACCAAAGAUGACGAUGACGAUGUCGCCAAUAUGUUGAAGGGUAUGAAGAAGAAGAAGAAGAGCAAGACACCGAAGGCAGAGGAUGGAGAAGCUGAGGGAGGCGAGGCGGCUGCUGAGGAUGGCGGACUGGAUCUCUCCUCGAUGAAAAAAAAGAAGAAGAGCAAGAAGCCAAAGGAAGGCACGGAGGAUGAAUUCGCCGCCAAGCUUGCUGCACUCGAUAUCGAAGGCAAGGAAGAGGAGAGAGAGGCUGCAGUUGCAGCUGAAAAGAAACCCGUUGAUGACGGUGAUAUGGAGAAGGGGACUGGCAUCUGGCAACAUGACUGCACGACACGGAUUCCCUACGAAAGCCUGCUCUCCCGAUUCUUCACCCUCCUCGCCCAAAAGAACCCAGACCAUGCAUCGAGCGGUUCAAGAAGCUACAAGAUCCCACCUCCUCAGUGUCUGCGUGAAGGCAACAAGAAGACGAUUUUCGCCAACAUUGCCGAGAUUUGCAAGCGCAUGAAGAGAACUGAUGAGCAUGUCACUUCAUAUCUGUUUGCUGAGUUGGGUACGAGUGGUUCCGUUGAUGGUAGCAGACGUCUGGUUAUCAAGGGUCGAUUCCAGCAGAAGCAGAUUGAGAACGUGUUGAGGAGAUAUAUCAUGGAAUAUGUCACCUGCAAAACCUGCAGAUCUCCAGAUACGGAACUCAACAAGGGAGAGAACAGAUUGUACUUCAUUACCUGUAACUCCUGCGGUUCUCGACGAAGUGUUACUGCUAUCAAGACCGGUUUCUCUGCACAAGUUGGAAAGAGACGUAGACAGCAAGGUUAGAGAAAUUGGAUGGACGGUUGCAUUGGGGCGCUACAGAUCUUUCCAGGCAAGAUGGUGGAUGCAUAUUGAGCAUUGCCGGAGGCAGUUGAUCCUUAAGACCUGCGAAAUCAUGUGUUGCAGGUGUUGCAAAAAGGAUUACCAGUACAUACAUAGAAGAGCUAUGCAGAAAAUUAAAUGAUCCAG